AUGUCUAAGCUUUUAUCCUUGGCGCUUUUCGCCUCAUCCGCUGCGGCCAUAACAACCGAAUCAUUCUGGAUGCCAGGUCUGGAGAAUAACGAUAUGCAAUACGAAGCCUCCCUUGUCAACGCUGACAACGGCCGCACAACCCUGUCUUUGGACAUACAAGCUGCUACUAUGGAGGAUUCACUGGCGGAUGUUCCCGCAACGAUUACUGUCGGAGGUAACACCUACUACGGAUUCGAAGCAUCAGCUUCUGCUUAUGGCGUCACUGUUGCCAUUCUGGGUGAGUGCUCACGUCAGAACACCGACGAGGCCGAAGCGACUUGCACCAUGACUACAAAGGGUCUCGAAGAUGCGAUGAGCUCUGUAUGCGCCGACCCCGACUAUGCCUCUGACCUAUGCCCUGAUGGCGCGGACGCCGCUCUUUCAAUGUCUACGGUUCUUCCUGAGGGCUACUUCAACAUGAUUCCUGUCGUCGUUACCAACGUCGAUCAUCCGCUUCCUAGUGCGUCCGCGGCCGCAUCAGUGUCCGCUGGCAGCGCUUCUGUCACAGCGUCCCGCUCCACCAUCACCUCCGUUGUUUCUGAAUCCGCCACUGCCACCGCUUCCGACUCAGAGGCUGCUGCCAGCUCCGGACCUUCUGCAACUUCCAGCUCUCUCGAGCAAGCCACUGGUGCUGCCCAGAUGAUCCAAGUCCCAGCAUUGGCCGGUCUUGGUGCCGCUGUUGCUGCUUUCUUCUUGUAG